GGGGGAGGGGGGGAGGAGUUGGUGGCGGCGGCAGAAGAAGAGAGCGGCAGCAUCAGCGGCGGCGCCGGCGGUGCGCGCUGCCCCGCCCCCCGCUCCCCAUCCUCCUGCCCGAGGCGUGCGCGAGGCGGCGGCGCGUGGCAUCGGGGUCUCCCUCCAGCCUGCGCCUCUUCCUCCCCUCCUCCUCCUCCUCCCUCUUUCCCCUUUCCCCCCUCCUCUCCGCUCCCUGCCAGGCCAAGGCCAUGACCGACUUCAAGCUGGGCAUCGUGCGGCUCGGCCGGGUGGCCGGCAAGGUAUGCGUGGGGCCCCGUGGGGCGGGGCGGGGUGAGAGAAGUAGGCUUUGCGCGUCUGUAUGCGGUGUGCGUGUGUUUCCGUGCCCGCGCGUGUUCUGUGUUGGGAAACCCGCGCCCCUUCCUCUAUCACUUCACCGCCCCCUCGCGCGUCUGACCUGCUCCGUUACGUCACACAGGACCCCUCUGUGACGUCACUGGGUUCAUUGGGGUUCCAUGAGCCUAUUAUUAUUAUUAUUAUUAUUAUUAUUAAAGAUAGAAGGAUGCGGGAGGCUGGUUUUAGUUUAGAGGUCCCUUUUCUAUUUUUUACUCUCUUUGCAUCUCUCCCUGUAGAAGGGUAAUGAACUGGUGGACCUCAAAUGGGGAGAUUUCUUUCUUUUUAUAUCCUUUGCAUUCAGGAUAUAAAGGGGCCCAUAGCUCACUGGCAGAGCACAUGGAGGUGGCAUCUGCAGUUUCAAAGGGUUACAUAGCAAGUGUUCUGAGAGGUUUCUUUCUGCUUUGGAGUGUGCCUACUGGUUAGACUAGGUGAUACUGACAGAUUUAUAGUCUGACCUGAUCCUAAGUAGCUUCCUAUUUUCUUGUGCAGAUUUGAUACAUAUUUAUUGAUACAUGUUUGUUGUAACUUUCUUUUGUUGUUGUGCUUUUCUAUUUUUGUUUUUUGGAAUAAUCAUGGACCACAAAGGAUGUGUACCAAUACUUGGUGCAAUGUCUUGCUUUACAGGUUGUUUGGGUUAAGUUUUGUAUGUUAAUCUGUUACAGCAAAAACUGAAACACAAAACUGCCCUUUAAAGGCUAACUGAUUUGUGUGGUAUAAUCUAUAUUGGGCCAGAGCUGCCCCUCUCAGUUGCAGAUUUUGGUCUCUGAGCAAGAACUUGCAUUUUACAGUUCUUUCUUCCUCUCCUAUCCUACUUCCAAAGGCAAGAGAAAGGCAAUACACCCCUUUCUGGCAUUUGGACUUCCCAGAAGGCUUGUGGACACAAUGGUAGGUAGAGAUCCCAGAAUGCUCAAGGCUAACCCUGGAGCAGCUUUCCCCUGGUUUAGACAAGUGUGUGAAGUAUGCCCGGUCAGAUGAAUGACUUAUUUAAGGUGUAAAACUUCUCUUUUCAGUGUAAGAUGUGCCCUGGAAUAGCUUAAAUUGUUGUUUUGCUGAAAUGAAUGAAGAGUGCCUUGCUAGGUAUUGGAAAAGUAUCCGCAAUAUAAAGUAUUUAAUUACCCUUCCUUUUUUAUUCUAGACAAAGUACACACUGAUUGACGAGCAAGACAUUCCACUUGUGGAGAGUUACUCUUUUGAGGUAAGAACCAUGUUAUCUACCUUAUUUCCACAUUCCAAGUGUUGAACUCAAAUUCCCAUCAGGUCCAGUCAGCAUAUCCAAUGGCUGAAGAGCAUUGGGAGGACCACAUGUCAGCUAUUAUUCCUCUUGAUCAGGGAUGGGGAACCUGUGGCUCUCCAUAUGAACCCUGACCUGACAUGGCCAGUAAUUAGGGUAGAUCAAAAACAGGCAGGUUGAUUGUCUAAUGAACCUGCUUUAAUCUAACUCAUGAAAGCCGGUGGUCUCAUAUAAUGACUAUCUGAAUAAGUUGGCAGAGAGAGAACGAGGAGGCAUUUUCCCUUGAAACAGCAUGUGGGUCAUAAAAGAGCUCAGCCCGAUCCAGACAUCUGGGUUUGGGCAAGGACUUGUAUGAAAAAUACCAAGUUCUCCAAAGACUCAAACUGUUCUCUGAAGUAGGAUAACCAGGCAAGUUGUCCUUCACUUGCAGAAUCAAGAGUUGCUUUACUUUAGAAUGAAUUUUCUUUUAUAUAGGCUUCAUGUAUUUUUAGAUUGGAUUUUGUGGAGCUUAAUAGAAAAUGUAUUGCUCUUGGAAAAGGGGCCAAUUUGAAAUACACUGACAUUACACUUUCACCCAUUCAUUUACCUGAUAUCAACAGGUUCUGCACAGGCUUUUGAGGUGUCUGGGGAAAAAUUAGAGACUCGACAUGGUUUAUAUAUAUCCUCAGGCUCGCUGAACAAGAAGGCUCUGAUCUUAUAUAGAGUGUCUGUUAACUCACCACAGAGUGACUCAAGCACAGAAACUGGGUUCCCGGGGCAGAGGAUGCAUCUCAUCUGACAUUUACCAUGUCCAUUAUUGACCCACUUUCUCUCGUCUGAUAUAGACCUGACUGAUUUUGAACUUUAGAGGCUCUACUCAGUGUACCUCUGCCUUCAGAUGUUUGUUGACUGGGAACAGAGUCCCUUGUCUGGUGGCACCCUUUUUCUGAAACAUUUCCCCUAGUCAUAAUUUGCAUAGCGCCAUCAUUUAAUAUCUUUUAUGUGAUAAGAGAAAACUUUUAUUAACCCAAGUGUUUAAUAUUUUGCCAUUUAUUUGUUUUUUAACAUUUCUGUUACUUGGGUUGCAGUUUUCUGUUUUAAUGACUGUUACAUUUCUGUCCAUUAAUAGUUGUACUUACAUUUCACUGUGUUUUGUAUUUGAAGCUGCUAUGAUGAUUAGAUGAGCAUACAAAUAUUUUAAACAAAAUGCAUGAAUAGAUGUGUUCUCUGUCUUUGGCCAGGCUCGAAUGGAGGUCGACGCAGAUGGAAAUGGUGCUAGAAUAUUUGCCUUUGCGUUUGACAAAAACCGAGGAAGAGGCUUUGGACGCCUGCUGCACGAGUUACUGUGGUAGGUAUCAUUAUGCAGGGGAUAACAUAGCUGCAGGUUUCCAGACUGCUGAGGCAUGUGUAUGCAUAGUCUUUGGAGAUGGGCACUAUAAUGGCAACUCUCACGUGUCAGGGUAAUCCAUAAGCCGUGGUUUGCUGUGCAUGAGCAGAUAGCGUCUGUCUUACCUCUCCCCAUUCAUGGUGGGAAGAAAGAAACCACAAUCCCUGGCUUAGCAUUGUGUCCAAACCAGGGGUUGUGGUUUGCUUUUCUCCUGACAACCCACAGUGUGUAGCCAAUGUUUGUUUUUACAAUACGAUACGAUAUCUUUAUUGUCCUUGUCCCAUGCAGAACAAUGAAACUGAAAAACUACAUAAAACAUUCAAAAACACCUAAAAACUCUGAAACCCCAUUUAAAAAUACACUAUACUAUAGAGACCCCUUAUGCUGCGUUUAGAACCAGAAUUGCAUUUGCGUAGAAACUGGCGGCUAGUCCUGGCCUUUAUAACCCUAUACCUUCUUCCAGAAGGCAGAAGCUGAAAGAGAUCAUUUCCAGGGUGCGUACUAUCCUGCGCUAUCUCUGCCGCUUUCUUAUGGCACCUGGCAGCAUAGAUUUGAUCUAAGGUGGGAAGAGUGUACCCAAUUAUUCUCUCUGCAGUCUUUACAACCCUGGAUAGCAUUGUUUUUUCCCUGGCCAUGCAGCUCCCAAACCACACACACAGACCAUAAGUUAAUACGCUCUCCACAGUGCAAUGGUAGCUUUCUGAUUGUGAUUUGUUUGUGAUCUGAUUGUGAUUUUAGCUUUCUGAUUGUGAUUUGUUGGAGGUGAAACAAACCAUAGUCCCUACUUUGGACACAUCUUCUAAGCCCAAGGGAUCAUGGUUUGUUUUCUUCUAGUAGGAGCAGAGGGGAGACAAAUACAUUCACAGUAAACCGUUAGCUAAGGUAUACUGUGAUGUACAAACAGCCGCCAUGUAAAAGGAAAGUGGGCUGUGUUGUGUGUUAAAGUAUCUUUACCCCCUCCCUUUUUCUCUCUAUAGUUUGAACAUACAAAACUGCCAUGUAUUUAGAUCUAGGUUGAUCCAUCUAGCUCUGUGCUGUCUAUGCUGACUGACUGACUGAUAGCAGCAGCAGCAGCUUUCCUGGGUUUCAGGCAGGGGACAUUCCUGGUCCCACUUGGAAAUCCUGGAGAUUGAACAUGGGACCUUCUGCAUGCAAAAUGCUCCAACCCAUCCAAGUGCCACAGGGCUACCCACAACUUGAAGCCAGGGUUCCAAUAUCCAGAGACUCUACUGCUGAGCUACGAUCCUUUCCCUUUAACAGCUUGGGUGACUUAAAAGAAAAAAGAAUUUGCCUGCUACCUAGAAGAUGUGAGGUGUAUUUCUAAGGCAUUUCCCCUGAUCACCACCCAAUUUACAGUGGUACCUUGGGUUACAGACGCUUCAGGUUACAGACUCCGCUAACCCAGAAAUAGUACCUUGGGUUAAGAGCUUUGCUUAAGGAUGAGAACAGAAAUCAUGCAGGAGCGGCACGGCGGCAGCAGGAGGCCCCAUUAGCUAAAGUGGUGCUUCAGGUUAAGAACAGUUUCAGGUUAAGAACAGACCUCUGGAACGAAUUAAGUUCUUAACCCAAAGUACCACUGUAUCUCUAAUUGCAGGGAUGCCUGCUGAAGGUCAUCAGCAGAUGAUCUUAAGAACUGGACAGGGGGUGGGUGUCCUUUAUGCCUUGGGUCCUAAGCCGUGUAAGGUUUUAAAUUUUCAGACCCAGCACCUUGAAGUCAAAGUAAGCUUGUUAAGCUCUUUUGAGAUGUGUUGUCUCCAAUGACCUGCUCUGGUUAGAACCCUGGUAGCAGCUCUUUGAGUGUGUUGGAGUUUCCAUACUGCCUUCCAAGGGCAGCCCAUGAUGUAUUAUAGGAGUCCAAGCAACUAGAAGCAUCUGAAUGCUUCCUUUCAGGAAUUGCAGGUGGCUCGUCUUCUCUUUCAGGGAGAGGCAUAGGGGGGGCAUCGCCCCUGGCUUUCAAGUCGUGCAUCUGAAUGCAGUGACAGUGGACAAUCGUCUAGACAACCUGCGAUUGGUUCCAUGGGGAUGGAGGCCCAAAGCUGAAGAAAUCUCUAGUAAACAAAGGUAAAUUCUCAAUAACAGUAUCACAGGCAAGAGGGACAAAAGGGGCUGGAAGUCAAACAACCCCAGAACUUGUUUUUUUGCAUAGCCCCUUGAUGAUUUUUUAUGUGUGUUUCUUUGCAUCUGAAGAAACUGUGGUGCUAAGUUCUCUCUGACCUGGCCAUAGAGGGGAGGAUAUGUCUCCCACCCUAGGUUAUUUAUUCCACUCACACAGCAACAAUUCUCAAGAAUUCCCUUGAAUGAGGAAUCAGUUGUUAAACUACUGUGGUAAUUGUAUGUCUGCUAGUGAGAACAGGGGCCUUAUAACAACUUUCAGCACCCUUAACAAGCUAAAGUUUCCAUAAUUCUUUAGGGGAAGACAUAACUGUUUAAGACUGUAUCAGAGUACUUUAAAGAUAUGUUGUGAUUGUGGCUACUGUCAACUUUCUGCUUUGAGAGGGUUGGAGUUUUAACAUGUUGCUACGGUGCAGCACAAGCUUGCUGCGGAAAUACUUAAUUUGCUGUUUUUUCUUGAAGGGAACAAAGCUUAUACUGGCUGGCGAUCCAGCAGCUUCCCACAGACCCCAUAGAGGAACAGUUUCCGGUGCUGAAUGUGACACGCUAUUAUAACGCUAAUGGGGAUGUUGUGGAAGAAGAGGAGAGUUCGUGCACAUACUAUGAAUGUCACUACCCUCCCUGCACAGUGAUUGAGAAACAGGUGCGUUCAAAACCAGAAGCAAGUCAUGGAUAAGACCGUCCCUGUUCUAGGCUGGCUGCUGCAAGUUCACCCUCUUCAGUGUGGUUGCUUCUUUUUAAAAAACCAAAAAGUCCUUAGGCACUGCUAGUGUGUUCUUUGUACCCCCUGCAAGGAAUUUCACUGCACCGUUUUUAGCCUAAAUAGUUAUCCUGGCCAGCGGCUUCCAAGCUUCAGACACGUCUCUCUCUCAAUGGUGUUCUGUGAAGUACAACUGACUUUGUGCUACCAUUCUAUUUGGAUAACUCUUCACCCUACCUCUCGGUGUGGAAAAGUCAGUGUUGCCCAUAGGCCAAACCCCCCUUUUCCUAGCCCACUUUUUCUUAGGACAGGGUCAUGGGGAAACAAGAUCAGAAUGAACAGCUCUGGUUUUAAACCUCACUGAAGUAACUUUGUUGUAUAGAAGGAUGGAUAGAAGUCACCCGAAAAGAUAACCUGUACAAAGGGAAUCUGUUCCUCUGAUGACAGUUUUGGAUGCUUUUGUGGAGGGAAAUAUGUAAAUAGGUCUGUGGAUAUAGAAGGGUCUCCAACUCAGCAGGAGAGCAUCGGUUUUGAGUCCUAGGUUCAGUCUCUUGCUAGAGCUACGAAAGAUCCCUGCUCAAAACUUUGGAGCACUUCUUCUGUGCAACAUAGGUGGUACACUGAACUGGGCCAUACUAGUCUGAUUUGGUGUCAGGUAGUGUUCUAUGUUCCAAAGCCAUAGUUAUAAACCCAGGGGUGGGGAACUGCAGCUCGAAACUCCCUCAGCCCCAGCCAGCCUGGCCAGUGCAGUAGGUGGGGGUGGCGGGUGGCACAGCUCCCUAUCCUUGUUGUAGACCAUGAGGGAAAGAAAUCGACUCAUUCCCAUUGAAUUCAGAAUGUCUAAGAUUGGGUGGGGGUGGAGAAAAAGAAGAUGAUACUCAUAAUGAGACCUUCAGGUUCAUAAACAAGAGAAAUGCACCAGUGGGGGCUAGAUAAUAUUUUAUCCACAAUGAAAACCAAGGCAGCAUUUUGUCGGGUUCCCAGGCUGUUCUACCCAGAUCCUGACCAGGCCUGCUUUAGUUCCUAAAAAGAUUGCCAUGGGACUGGCCACCUUAGGACCCUUUUGGUUGGCUUGCUUUUGUGGGGGAUGGUUUUCUUUAGGGGCCCUGAAAAGGGAUACUGAUUUUUGUCCCGUACUCCUCUCUCCAGUUACGUGAAUUUAACAUCUGUGGGCGGUGCCAGGUCGCACGGUACUGCGGCUCGCAGUGCCAGCAGAAAGACUGGCCGGCCCACAAGAAGCACUGUCGGGAGAAGAAGCGAGUCUUCCAGCAAGAGCUUGGACCAGAACGAUGACCAGCUGGCUGAGGCCUUAGCCCCACAGGGCACCUUCCCAGAAGGUUAAGGAGGAGGUGCCCACUUUGCACGAACUGCUCACUUGAAGCCAGAGGCACUGACAAAAAGGAGAGAGAGAGAGGAGAAUUUUUUUUUUUUUAUAUAUGAAAAAGACAAACCAAUCCCUGUGAUGCUUGAGGAAAGGGACUGACUCUUCCCUUCCAGUGUUAAAAAAAAAGAAAACGUCUGAAGCAAAAAAAAAAAAGACUACUGGGGAAGCUCUCCUGCUUGGAAGCUUUCUGUUAUUUAUAUGUUAAUAUGUUUGUAAAGUUGUGUACAGAGUUUUUUUUUUGUUCUUUUUUGUUAGAAGUUCUCUUGCAUAGGACUCAUUUACUGUAAUGUUCAAGUGAGAACACAUUGUUGGUUGAAAUAACUGUCCAGUAGCAAAAAGAGAAACAAAAAAAAGUUUUUCCUCCCCCUGUGGCUAGCAGAAGGCCUGGGGAGCUAGCUCAGAACAUCAGCAGUUAAAUCUGAACAACUCUGCAUGGAAAGUUGUGUUUUCAAGUAAAGGAUUGGAAUGGAUUGGCUGCCUUUUUUGCUCAUUUAAAAACUUGAGCAGCUGUGAAUGAUUGUCCACCACCAUCAACAGCAUGUUGCUGGUCUGUUCCCCGCCCUCCCCACCAUGAGUGACACUUUCCUCUGAAGAUUGCAAAAGCCGCUGAGUUGCUUAGCUGCUUCCCAUCACUGUUCUUCCCCAUCUGUCUGUAGAGGCAACCAUGCCCCCCCCAUCCUGGUUGUCAUAGUUCCUAAUGAUACAGUGGUGCCUCUUCGUCUUGCGGUUUUUUCGUCUUGCGAAGCACGGCUCUUAGCGGC